UCCAGCCCGCCGUGCUCAGCAGCGGGGCCCAGCAUGGUCAUGGCGGAUGGCCCGAGGCACUUGCAGCGCGGGCCGGUCCGGGUGGGGUUCUACGACAUCGAGGGCACGCUGGGCAAGGGCAACUUCGCCGUGGUGAAGCUGGGGCGGCACCGGAUCACCAAGACGGAGGUGGCAAUAAAAAUAAUAGACAAAUCUCAGCUGGAUGCAGUGAACCUUGAGAAAAUCUACCGAGAAGUACAAAUAAUGAAACUCUUAGAUCACCCUCACAUAAUCAAACUUUAUCAGGUAAUGGAGACCAAAAGUAUGCUGUACCUUGUGACAGAAUAUGCCAAAAAUGGAGAAAUUUUUGACUAUCUUGCUAAUCAUGGCCGGUUAAACGAGUGUGAAGCCAGGCGCAAAUUCUGGCAAAUCCUGUCAGCUGUUGAUUAUUGUCAUGAGCGGAAGGUCGUGCACCGUGACCUCAAAGCUGAAAAUCUCCUGCUGGAUAACAACAUGAAUAUCAAAAUAGCAGAUUUCGGUUUUGGAAAUUUCUUUAAAAGUGGUGAACUGCUGGCAACGUGGUGUGGCAGCCCCCCUUAUGCAGCCCCCGAAGUCUUUGAAGGGCAGCAGUAUGAAGGACCACAGCUGGAUAUUUGGAGCAUGGGAGUUGUUCUUUAUGUCCUUGUCUGUGGAGCUCUGCCUUUCGAUGGACCAACUCUUCCAAUUUUGAGGCAGAGGGUUUUGGAAGGAAGAUUCCGGAUUCCAUAUUUCAUGUCAGAAGAUUGUGAGCACCUUAUUCGAAGAAUGUUGGUUCUAGACCCAUCUAAACGGCUAACCAUAGCUCAAAUCAAGGAACAUAAGUGGAUGCUCGUAGAAGUUCCCGUACAGAGACCUGUUCUCUAUCCACAAGGACAAGAAAAUGAGCCAUCCAUCGGGGAGUUUAAUGAACAGGUUCUGAGACUGAUGCACAGCCUUGGAAUAGAUCAACAGAAAACCAUAGAGUCUUUGGAGAACAAGAGCUAUAACCACUUUGCUGCCAUUUAUUUCUUGUUGGUGGAGCGCCUGAAAUCACAUAGGAGCAGCUUUCCUGUGGAGCAGAGACUUGACGCCCGCCAGCGCCGGCCGAGCACCGUGGCUGAACAAACAGUUGCCAAGGCACAAACCGUGGGGCUCCCCGUGACCAUGCAUUCCCCAAACAUGCGAGUGAUGCGAUCCACCCUCCUCCCACAAGCAUCCAACGUGGAGGCCUUUUCGUUUUCAGCGGCCAGCUGCCAGGCAGAAGCAGCAUUCAUGGAGGAAGAGUGUGUGGACACUCCAAAGGUCAACGGCUGUCUGCUGGACCCAGUGCCUCCUGUCCUGGCAAGGAAAGGGUGCCAGUCACUGCCCAGCAACAUGAUGGAGACCUCCAUCGAUGAAGGCUUGGAGACAGAAGGAGAGGCUGAGGAAGACCCCAGUCAGGCCUUUGACGCCUUCCAGUCCACACGCAGUGGGCAGCGCCGGCACACGCUGUCAGAAGUGACCAACCAGCUGGUCGUGCUGCCCGGUUCAGGGAAAGUUUUCUCCAUGAGUGACAACCCCUCACUUGACAGUGUUGACUCUGAGUAUGAUAUGGGGUCUGUUCAAAGGGACCUGAACUUUCUGGAGGACAACCCUUCCCUCAAGGACAUCAUGCUGGCCAAUCAGCCCUCACCCCGCAUGACAUCUCCCUUCAUAAGCCUGAGACCUGCCAACCCAGCCAUGCAGGCUCUGAGCGCCCAGAAGCGGGAGGCCCACAACAGGUCACCUGUGAGCUUCCGAGAAGGCCGCCGCGCGUCAGAUACCUCCCUCACCCAAGGCAUUGUAGCAUUUAGACAACAUCUUCAGAAUCUGGCAAGAACCAAAGGAAUCCUAGAGCUGAACAAAGUGCAGCUGUUGUAUGAACAAAUAGGACCAGAGGCCGACCCUAACAUGGCGUCAGCUGCUCCUCAGCUCCAGGACCUCGCCAGCAGUUGCCCUCAGGAGGAAGUCUCUCAGCAGCAGAAAAGCGUCUCUGCUCUCCCGAGCAGCGUGCACCCGCAGCUCUCCCAGCGGCAGAGCCUGGAAGCCCAGUACCUGCAGCACAGACUCCAGAAGCCCAGCCUCCUGUCAAAAGCCCCGAACACCUGUCAGCUUUAUUGUAAAGAACCACCACGGAGCCUUGAACAGCAGCUGCAGGAGCACAGACUCCAACAGAAGCGACUCUUCCUCCAGAAGCAGUCUCAGCUGCAGGCAUACUUUAAUCAGAUGCAGAUAGCAGAGAGCUCGUACCCACAGCCGAGCCAGCAGCUGCCCCCCCAGGAGACGCCCCCGACAGCACAGCAGCCACCGCCGUUUGGCCUGACCCCGUCCCUCGGCCCCGUCCUGGAGCCCGCUUCGGAGCAGAUGCAGUUCAGCCCUUUCCUCCGCCAGUACCAGGAGAUGCAGCUGCAGCCCCUGCCCUCCUCGCCGGGCGCCCGGGCCCCUCCGCCACUGCCCGCCCACCUGCAGCAGCCCCCGCCGCCGCCACCACCCCCGCCACCGCCACAGCCCUCGGGCGCGGCCCCCGCGCCCCUGCAGUUCCCCUACCAGACUUGUGAGCUGCCCGGUGCUGCCCCUCCCGAGCCAGACUAUUCCACUCCCUGUCAGUACCCCAUGGAGGGGGCCCAGCAGAGCGGCAUGGCGGCGCCCGACUGUCCCCGGAGCUCAGGACUGCAGGAGGCCCCCUCCGGCUACGACCCCCUCGCCCUGUCCGAGUUCCCUGGACUCUUCGAUUGUGAGAUGCUGGAGGCUGUGGACCCGCAACACAGCGGCUACGUCCUGGUGAAUUAACCUCCACCCGGACGGUGAGGCAGGUCAGGUGAAGGAAGAGUGUGUUUCUAUUUUUAUUCCACCCUUUUCCAUUUGAAGCUUGUUUUCCUCCUGCCCUCGCACUCACGGGGGAAAAGGCAAGUCGCCCAGCUGGAAUCAGAGGGCCCCCCCACAGUCGUCCAUGGCAAGUGCUGGCAUGUAGUUUUAGGCUGAAGGUCACGCACUUAGGUCAAAUGGAUCAUGCUCUUGUGGGAGGCACCGACAAAUGUGUUUAUCAGAAGAUUUCCGGACUGGGUUUUACGAGAACUGCACCAACCCAUGCUGAGGGGAACCUUGGUGAGAGAGGAAACUUCGCGUGCCAUUCUGUAUGGGCAAAAAAAAGGCAAUACAUCUUCCACCGAAACCAAGCAACGACGCGUUACUUGAAGGCCAAUCAAGAAUCCCAUAAUGAAAUUCGAUGCACAGGAGAUAAAGGAAAGUUGUACUUAGUCAUUAAAUCUAAAGUUCUAAGCUGCCGGUGCAGGCUGUCCCCAAGACCACUGGAAAGCAGUGGCGUGUGAGCUGCGUUUCGGGGGCCACUAACGACAGCUGGUACUGACCCCCGAGACUGGCAGCGUACGACACGUCUCUCUGGGCGGCGCCCUGGGCCACGGUGUCCGUGCACUUGGGGCUCCGGAGAUGUCGCGCGUAGAAUCAACCGACAGGACACGCACCGACCACAGUGGAGACUGGGGAGAGACGGUCGCGAGCAGCAGCCCCGAGCCAGGGAAGACAGGCUCUUUCUUCCUGCAGCCUUCUGUGGAGACUUCUGGUUUGGGACAGUCGGUCUCUGGAGGACCUAGUGUCUCCUUUUAAAUGUAAUAACUACUUUGACUUUACACUCUAUGUUGCUAGUAGUUUCUUCAGCUUUGUAUAUUUGGACAGUUUCCUAUAGGGCUUAGAAAUUUUAAGGGCAAGAAAAAUGAACUUUUCUCUCCCAUGUGAAGUGGUAGUGCUGUGCCUUCCCCCCGAUCAUGCUUUAAUUCUUUCUUCUCUGUAGACACCAAGUUGCCCAUGUAUGUCAAUGCUAGAUCCAAAGUCACUUCGGAGUUUGUUUUCCACCGUGUGGGAGUCGCAUUCUUAAUUUCCUUGAAGUUUUGACUUGCAGUGAAAUGUUCAAGUAUUACAGCAAUAUGCAAAAGCCACAGAUGUGUUAACCAUUGAAGCAGCUCAUCUGCCAAACAGGUGAUAUUGCGAGGGUAAAUGUAACCCUUACAACUCAUUCAUCAAAGUAAGUAAAAUACAGACGUUACAGCUAGUUAACUGUACACCUAGAAGUCAUGAGUCAUCUGUCGUUUGAACAGGAACAUCCAAGUGUUACAAAUUCAGUAUUAUUGACAAAGGAGAUCACUCUGUCCUUCGAAUGGCUUUUCCAAACAGCAGAUGAAUGUGUUAAGCACAAAGCAUCUUCCUUAAAGCACAAAGAAGAGCACUACUACACUGAUGCUGCAUCUAGAAACACCUUUAAGUUGCCUUUCCUCUUUGUAGUAAGUGUCCAGGCAGGCGAGGAAAAGCAUGGCAGGCCCGAGGAGCUCUGUCCUGGCCCGCCCAGCCUCUAGCUGGCAGCCUGAGCAGUCCCUGCUGCUGGCGCCGGUGGCCGUGGGCGCUAGAAAGGGUGGGGUGGAGACUCUCAGCUUCUGUGAUGUAACAACACACAGCGACAAUUCGGGAUGAAUGAGUGAUGUUCCUUCUGUGGGUUGCUUGUUCCUCCUCGUGCUUAAGAUUGAUCAUUUCAUGAAAUAACAUUAUUAGGUCCUUUCGUUAAGAUUUCUAAUGUGUUUUAAGUCUUUGCAAAAUGAGCCAGUUCAAAACAGGGCGGGAUUUGUUUAGACCGAGGAGGAUGUUCUCCCAGAUUUACUAGAGAAGAGCUAUAAAUUCAUGAAAUUAAGAUGCCUUCCAGGUUGAAAUGCUGACCACUCGUCUCAGCGUGUCGAGAAGGGCAGUCACAGACAGGCACAGAUGCCCGCCUCCCUCCCCUGACAAGACCACGAGCCCCCUGAGUCCAGGAAGCUAGGAGCUACGGCAGGAUUUAGGACAACAGCGGAGGGACACGGAGAGGCUGCUGAAGGGAUACAGGUCCCCAAGCGGGAAGGGGGACACUCCGGGUCCGUCGGAACCAGUAGAUGAGCCCCGGGGGCACAGGCCCAGUGGACAGCAUGGCCGCGCGGCUGGACCUGUGUCGUAAGCUUUGGUUUGCAUUUCCUUUUUAUUUCAAGCAGAUGUCAGGUUCCAUAACCAUCUGUAUUAACUGACGCGCCAGCUAGUGAGAGGAGACUGGCUCUGUCGGUCAGCCAGGGGCGUCCUCCACCUCUGUCUCAUUGCUCUGCCCCGACCCGGUGAGUUUUCCCUUCCCAGAUACUAACGUAACACUAAGAAGGCCUGGCGCCACUGUGUGAGAGGCUACUUUGAAAUAACGACUUUCUUUCCAGUCUGUUUCACAUUAGCAGUGUGUACACUACUGUAUAAUAAUCAUUAGCUUUAUUAUCUUGUAAACCAGGCUCCUCUGAAGAGACUUUGGUGAGAUGACCAUGAGGUAAAAAUUUCAUUCGACAAAAAGUGCAAUAUGUGUGGUACUUUAUUUUCUAUGUUCUUUUUUUAAUCCGGGGUAUUAGUCUCUGCUUUGGGAAAAAUGCACUAGUUCUGCAAUUUCCAGUUGGGCAAGUGUGUCUUUAGUAUUUACAUGAAACUGAUAUGCUGGUCCCUGUAAGGCAAACAGAGCACAUUAACCGCUGACAGAGAGGGUGGUGGCACAUUUCAAGUCCUGGUGAGCUACACAGACCAUCCCUAGUCACCACCUCAGCCCCUCCCAGGCCUGCACUGCCCGCUGGUUACCUUGGGAACGGAGAAGGGGGCAGAAGAUUCUCUGCACCAACCACCCUCCCCUGUCCAUCUAAUGGGAAACAUCUGGGGCCCACCGAGCAGGCCUCACAUGGGAGUAUAGGACUCUCUUAGUUCUGAAGUGAACAAAAGCCCUUCCUUUCUGUAUUCUCCUUCCCAGGACACAAAGCAGUGUGGCCUUUUCUUCCUGAGAAAUAAAGAACUCCCACGUGGGUAAGCAGUCUGUUAGAUGGGACUGGCAGGAGCCUGGAUCAGGACCCACGUCCACCCCAGCCUUCGAGUCCCCCAAGUAGAGGGAGAGGGCCCCCUGAGGGAGUAUUGCCACCAGCCAACUACAGGCCUAAAGAAAAGGGACUUGUGGCACUAGCCUCCUCCAGUCUGCCCCAUGCUCUCACCAUAACCCAAAGAGGUGUGGAGGAGGGGAUGCUUAGAGAAAAGAAGCUUCUGUUAGGUUUGGGAGACAUGUGUCCUCUCAGCUUGAGAGUGACUGGGUGGCCACCCAGCAGCUUCCUCUCAGUGCAGGUCAAGAGGUCAAAGCUGGAGGGACCGGAACAGCCUCUGGUGAGGCCAGGCUUGUCACGUGGACGUGAAAAGCGAGUGGCUCCUUUCUCAGGGUCCCCCCAUCUCUAGUCAAGCCCCAGGUUCUUAAAUGCUAGGUUCUGCCUGGGUCUCAGCCCCCCCCACCCCCCCUUCCCCGAAUACAUUAAUCACCUACCCCUGCCAUCACACUUAAGCUCCCUAGGGGCGUAAAGGGAACAACUACUCCAGGUAACUCCUCACUCCCCUCCUUAGAGACUUUAGUGUCCUUAUCAACAUUGGUCCCAGUGAACAGUGGCGGUCCCGUGCGGGGGCUGACCUUGGCUGCAUCCGUACCCCUAAACUGGGCUGCCUCUACUGCCUCCUCGGAAGCCACCCGAGCUGCUCGGUUUCUUUGUGCCUAGACAUCAAAGGUAAAAACUGGAGAACAGGUAGUAAGUUGGAGUCAUUGCACAGGCAGGGAGCUUUGUCACUUUGUUGGUUCUGGAAAUUUUUACAGAACUUAUCUUCAGAGUGAUGUGUGGAGGACGAGAGCAGAAUCAUCUGCCUCUGUUUCUAAACUGGAUGAAAAAGCAUUUUAGACCACGGAUGGCCCCCGACAGGUCAGUGGUGUGAUCUUCUCUCACCAGCGGCCCCGGGAAGUGGCUGAUGACACAGCUCUGCCUGACCCUCAGCCAUGGCCCCUGGAAGGCGCGGGGAGAAGGAAGGCUGACCCUUCAAGGCCCUUUUGGCCCCAGGGUCUGUGGUCUCACAGUGCCCCUCAUGUGCUGCCUUGUGUUCCCCAAUUAAGACAGGCUGGCUGCUCCUGAAACCCUCCUCCGCCCCUGCCGGGCCACCAUCUCAUGUCACAGCUGAGCUGCGGUGACUUCAACCACCGAGCAGAACCAGCAGGAGCUGAUGUGUAGACUGAGGGGCAGGCACUGCCCCCAGACCCAGCCCCUCCAUUCCGAUGGCUCCUGCCCAUUCAGCUUUCCUGUCCAAAAGGGAGCCAUCAUCCGUGUGUACGCUCAUUUACCAGCCCCUUCACAAGUAAUCCCUUGACCCUCAUAACGAUUCUCUGGGCAGAUACUGUCCUCACUUUCCAUGGUGGGGGCAGGCGAGGCUCUGGUUUGUCAUCCGAGGGCACAGGACUCAGGAGUGGAGGAACCAGGACAAACACUUGGGUUUUCUGCCUCUUGCUGCGUGCCCUUUCACCUCUUUUCUUGAGCAGCCAGCCGUACAACCAGCCCCCGUCCCGGUCAAGUGCUGGGGGAGCGUGGCAUUGGCCUGCGGCCUUAUUCUCACUGGACAGCUGCCUGGCUGCAGGGAGGGUGCCCUCCGGGUGCCCUCCAGUGUCCAGAUGGCCCUGCAGGAAAGGGGCUGAGGGAGACAUGGGCCCCAUGGAGUGGCCAUCCUUCCCAUGUGCUGUUAGCUAGAGACGUUGAGGUCCACAUCAUAGAUGCUAGCUUCUCCCCUUUACGUAAUGUGGUGGUUCCCUACAGAAGUGUGUGAUAAAGGACGCACCCUUCCUUGAUUGCCCAGGGGGCUCAUUCCAGGGGCCAACGGGCUCCACACCUGGAAAGGAGGCUGCUCCGAGAAGAAUUCAGCCGGGAGCGGCUGGGGGAGGCCUUGCUUUACAGCUGAGGCCCAACAACAAGUACAAGUGCUAAUCAGACACUUUCACAGUGAACAAACAUACUGCGGUUGAAUACUUUGUCUUUUCAGAAGCAAAGCGGGUGGGUAAGGAGGAGCUUUAAAAAUAGAAGUACAGAACACAUCCUGGAAAAAUAUGACCCCAGAUUGGAAUAACAUUACAUUAGCAAAUACAGAUAACCGAGGCUUGCCGCUGGCUGUGAUGCCUAUCUAUCUGCAAGAUUCGCUCAAUCAAGGAAAUUCAAGUGGUGAAAGCUUCCCCCUACUGCUGGUGACAGAAACCUGCCUCCACAGAAUCUCUGAAGGGAAAAGAAGCAGAGAGAAAAGCUUGCUUCUCUUUUGGGACUGCAAUUUAAGAAAUAAAAUGAUACAGAGAUGUUUGCACUUUGUAGAAAGGGCAAGAUUAUUUGCUUUUUUCUAGAGGGAGGAGGGUGAUCUUUGCUGGAUGUUUGGUCUGUGAAAGAGUUACUUUUGAUAAAGUUAAUCUAACUGUAGUUAUUUUCUGUGUGCUUUUUUUUUUAAUUACUAAGAAAAAUUGAUGAAUUCAAUAGCUUUGGUAUUUUGAGAACAAAUCAUAAUAGCUCCAAUGUGGAAAAAAUUCAAAAUGUAACCUGUCACUCAAUGUUAGAAAAUUGCCUAAAAUGCAGUUUAAUAAAUGAUCUUUGUAUCAAACAGUAAUUUAAACGGGGUAAUUUUUUCAAGGAAAAUGUACUGUUUUUAUGUUUCCAACCCUCUUGAAUUCAAAUAAAAAC